GACCUGCUGGUGUUGGAGGAGCAAGAGGUAGAGUAUUUAUUUAUUCUGUCAUGAAUGUCACUCUUUCAAGUGAAUACUAUAGGUACUAGUGUUGACCACAGUCUUACUAGAUAUUUCCUUCUGCUCUCUACCAAGGUUGCUUGUCUGGUUUUGGCAGAUAAUGAAAGUGACCUUUAAACUGUCUUUUCUUAGGGUUCUGUUAACUUCAAGUUCGGUGUCCUGUAUGCCAAAGAUGGACAGCUCACAGAUGAUGAGAUGUUUAGCAAUGGUAAGUCACUAAUAUUGUGGGUAGUAAGUAUCAUAUACACAAUUUGAAGUAUCCAUGUUCUGUGAAUUGUACUUUCAACCCUUCUCUUUCUUCUGUUCCUUCAGAGACAGGGAGCGAGAGCUUCGAUAAGUUCCUCAACCUGCUAGGGGACACAAUCUCUCUGCAGGGCUGGGUGGGCUACCGCGGUGGACUGGAUACCAAAAGUAAGAUCUGGUCACCAAACACACGCACACACACCAUGAGUUCUGCUAUUAGUGAUUGUUUUUCCAUCGCAGACUAUGGAGAUGUCUUCCAUUUACAUUCUCUCUUUUGAUCAUUCUCUCCCUCUUUCUAUUUUUCGCUGUUCUCUCUCUUGCCUAUGCACUCCUCCCUCUCCCCCAUUAUUUUAUACUCCCACUGCUCUAUCCCCCCCCCCCCCCCUCUCUCUCUCUUUCUCCCCCUCCCCCCAUCUCUCUCCAGAUGACACUACAGGAAUGAACUCCAUCUACACAGUGUACCAGGGCCAUGAGCUGAUGUUCCACAUCUCCACCAUGCUACCCUACUCCAAGGAGAACAAGCAGCAGGUGUGUGUGUGUGUGUGUGUGUGUGUGUGUGUGUGUGUGUGUGUGUGUGUGUGUGUGUGUGUGUGUGUGUGUGUGUGUGUGUAACCAUUCCUCCUUCUGGUCAGUUGUGCAUUAUUUUCAACUUCUUCUUUCUCUCUCUCUCAAUUCAAUUCAAUUCAAUUCAAAGGAAUUUAUUGGCAUGGAAAACAUAUGUUUACAUUGCCAAAGCAAGUGAAAUAGAUAAUCUUGUGGCAAAAGGUCACAAAUAUUGCUGCUGUGAUGGCACACUGUGGUAUUUCACCCAAUAGAUAUGGGAUUUUAUCAAAAUUGGAUUUGUUUUCGAAUUCUUUGUGGGACUGUGUAAUCUGAGGGAAAUAUAUGUCUCUAAUAUGGUCAUACAUUUGGCAGGAGGUUAGGAAGUGCAGCUCAGUUUCCAUCUCAUUUUGUGGGCAGUGUGCACAUAGCCUGUCUUCUCUAGAGAGCCAGGUCUGCCUACGGCGACCUCUCUCAAUAGCAAUGCCACUGAGUCUGUAUAUAGUCAAAGCUUUCCUUAAUUUUGGGUCAGUCACAGUUGUCAGGUAUUCUGCCACUCUCUGUUUAGGGCCAAAUAGCAUUCCAGUUUGCUCAGUUUUUUGGUAAAUUCUUUCCAAUGUGUCAAGUAAUUAUCUUUUUGUUUUCUCAUGAUUUGGUUGGGUCUAAUUGUGUUGCGGUCCUGGGGCUCCGUGGGGUCUGUUUGUGUUUGUGAACAGAGCCCCAGUACCAGCUUGCUUAGGGGACUGUUUGCCAGGUUAAUCUCUCUGUAGGUGAUGGCUUUGUUAUGGAAGGUUUGGGAAUCGCUUCCUUUUAGGUGGUUGUAGAAUUUAACAGCUUUUUUCUGGAUUUUGUUCAUUAGCGGUUAUCGGCCUAAUUCUGCUCAGCAUGCAUUAUUUGGUGUUUUACGUUGUACACUGAGGAUGUUUUUGCAGAAUUCUGCAUGCAGAGUCUCAAUUUGGUGUUUGUCCUGUUUUGUGAAUUCUUGGUUGGUGAGUGGACCCCAGACCGCAUAACCAUAAAGGGUAAUAGGUUCUAUAACUGAUUCAAGUAUUUUUAGCCAGAUCCUAAUUGGGAAUGUCGAAUUUUAUGUGCCAUUAUUUUUGUCUUACUGAGAUUUACUGUCAGGGCCCAGGUCUGACAGAAUCUGUGCAGAAGAUCUAUGUGCUGCUGUAGGCCCUCCUUGGUUGGGGACAGAAGCACCAGAUCAUCAGCAAACAGUAGACAUUUGACUUCAGAUUCUAGUAGGGUGAGGCCGGGUGCUGAAGUCUGUUCUAGUGCCCUCACCACUCUCUCUCUCUCUCUUUUCUAUCGCUCGUUCCCCUUACCCGCGCCCUCUAAACACAGAGAAAACGGGAAAAAACGAAAGAGGGAGAUAGACAAAAGCGGUCGCGAAAGGAAGAGGAUGGAGGCGGGAAGGGAAGGCAAGACGAUGGAAAGAGAAUAGAGAACAUAGAGAAGGAAAGGGAAGAGAGAGAGGAUAGAGAGAGAGAGCUAGAGAGAGGAGAGGAAGCGAGAGAGAGCGAGCAGUUGAAAAAGGAGAGCCGAGAGAGACGAGAGAAGGAGAGAGAUAGCAGAGAUGAUGAGAUGCUAGCGUCUCUGGCUCUCUCUUACUCUAGCUUCUCUCGCUCAUCGAUCUUCAUUCUCUCUCUCUCUCUCU